AUUCCUAGCUACUCUUGAGCAUCCCAAUAGCUAAAACAAAAACAUGGGCAGCAUCUCUUUCUGUGCUUCCCUUCUGCUUGCAACCCUAUUUCUACAUUUGUGUUUUCAACAAGAGGUUGAAGCCCAACCAGGCCCCUUUAUAAACAACCGACUUAGAAAUGCCUUCAAUGUGAUCCAAGCUUUCAAACGCAGAAUCCAAUCCGACCCCAAAAACUACACAGGAACAUGGGUGGGUAACAACGUCUGCAAAUAUAAGGGCUUCACCUGCGCAGUUGUCCCUGACCUGAAGAAGUUAGCGGUCAUUGGAGUCAGCUUCAAUGGAGCUUUGUUUGGCGGCUUUAACAACAGGCUGCCUCUCAAUGGCUUCAUUGACAGGUUGGAGGACUUGGUGUUCUUCCAUGCGAACUCCAACAACUUCACGGGCACCGUCCCUAGAGGCACUGCCAGGCACAGAUUCUUCUAUGAGCUUGAUCUCAGCAACAACAAGCUAACUGGAGGCUUCCCAAAUGAAACUCUUGGGGCCACAAACUUGACCUUCUUGGACCUCCGGUUCAACUCGUUCAACGCCACGGUUCCACCAAAAGUGUUUAACCUAGAUGUUGACCUCCUCUUCCUCAACAACAACAAUUUCCAGCAGCGACUUCCAGCCAAUCUUGGCUCCACACCUGCCCAUUAUCUUACCUUUGCCAACAACAAGUUCGUUGGUUCAAUCCCAAGAAGCAUUCGCCAAGCUAGGAACACCCUUUAUGAGGUUCUCUUCCUAGGGAACCGGCUUUCAGGGUGUCUACCGUACGAAAUCGGGUUCCUGAAACAGGCAACCGUGUUUGAUGUGAGCUCCAACAUCUUAACAGGCCCAAUACCAAACUCCUUUGCUUGCCUGGGGAAGCUGGAGUAUCUGAGCUUGGCCAGUAACCAGUUCUAUGGGAGGGUACCUGAGGCUGUGUGCAGGUUGCGUAAUCUAGAGAGAUUUUCCGCGAGAAACAACUAUUUCAGUCGGAUAGGACCAGCUUGUAGGGCAUUGAUCACGAAGAAGAUUCUUGAUGUCAGAGGGAACUGCAUUCCGGGGCUUCCAAAUCAAAAGACAGCUGCUCAAUGUGCUGCCUUCUUCUCUAUACCCAGAACUUGUCCCAGACCGAGAACGUUGAGUAUAAUUCCUUGUAGAAGAUCACCUUCAGCUUUGAAUGAGACGAACGCAGAUAUUAAUGAAGAUCAAUUGACCACCAAAGCAUAUAAUAUUCAAGCACCAGCUGAAGCCCCACGAACUUAUGCUACUCUUAUGCCGCAUGGGCAUUGAUUUGCAUCAUGUACUUGUGCUCAUCCAAACUAAGUGGUCGUGAUGGGUCUUCUCUUAUUUUGCAUGUGUGUGUUUUGAUUUUUUUUUUUUUGGGUUUUAAUUUUAUUAUCUACAUGUGUGCUUCUUUUUCUUUUUGUUGGGAUUAUCUAGCAUGUGUGUUUUGAUUUCAUUUGUUGUAAGCUGAAUGUAUAACUUUAUGGAUCAAUGCACCCUGAUUGCCAGAGGCAGUCCUAAUUAAGCAUAUGCAAAUUUGCAGAA